GACGCAGAGAUGGAAAGUGACACGGUCCACUUCUGCACAGAUAACCAGCGUGUCUCCCUGCAUCCCCGAGAGGUGGAUUCUGAGACAGUGGCUCCGGCAGUCCCCAGGAGGUCAAGGCUCGUUGUGGCCACUCUGGCUGUGAUCCUGGUCUCCUCUCUUGUGGCUCUCUUUGUUGUGGGGUCAGUGCUGGGGAUAGCACUGACCCAGGAAUGGGGUGUCUCAGCUCUCCAGUCCCGAAGCCCUGCACCGGAGGAUCAUCCUUCCUUCCAAGAGUUUCAAGCCAUGUUUCCGGGAGGCAACACUACUGACCAGUCACCUGUGGAGCCCCACAAUCAUCAUUAUUUUGACAGCGUAGCAGGAAUGCAAGAGGAGAUGAUGUUCAGAGGGCAUAUGGAAAAUUCCUACACUUGGCAUGAGGAGAUCCAGAUGUUGAAGUACAGAGUGGACAAUGUCAGUUCUCAGAUCCAGACACUUGGCAGUCAUCUGGGAGAUGCUAGGGCUGACAUCCAGUUGGUAAAAGGUGCUCUUAAGGCUGCCAAUACCUUGAGCUCACAGACCCAGACAUUAAACAGCUCCAUGGAGAGGGCCAAUAGCGAGAUUGAAAGGCUGAAGGGAAGUCUACAAGAUGCAAAUGCUCUAAACACCCAGGCCCAGAUCUUUCUGCAGGGCAGUUUAGACAACACCAGUGCUGAGCUACAGGUGCUGAGAGGUCAUUUGGAAAGGGCAAAUGAUGACAGUUCCGUGUUAAAAAGAGAGUUGGAAACUGCCACUGCCCAGAUCCAAAUAGCAAGUGGCCAUCUGGAACAGACGGAUGCUCAGAUCCAAGAGCUAAAAGCAGAGCUGGAAAAUGCCAGUGCUUUAAAUUUCCAGAUUCAGGUGUUAAAUGGUCAGUUGAAAAAUGCCAGCAGAGAGAUCCGGACCCUAAAAGAAGGAAUGAAGGGUGCUGCAGCCUUAAGGUCCCAGACUCAGAUGUUAGAGAGCAACUUGCAGAAGGCCAAUGCUGAGAUGCAGAGGUUAAAAGAGGAUUUGGAGAACACCAAGAAUCUAACUGCAAAAAUCCAGGAGGAGCAGAGUCGCCUGGGGAACCUUUCUGCAACCACUGCUUCCCAGGAGCAGCUACAGAGCACCCAAAAUCAACUACUCCAGCUGAUCCUGCAAGGCUGGAAGGCCUAUGAGGAAAACUUGUAUUACUUUUCUCCAAUCAAGAAGUCUUGGCACGAGGCUGAGCGGUCCUGUGUGUCCAAGGGAGCCCACCUGGCAUCGGUGACCUCUCAGGAAGAGCAGGCAUUCCUGGUACAGUUCACAAGUAACUCCUACCACUGGAUUGGCCUCACUGACAUGGGCACGGAGGGCACCUGGCGCUGGGCAGAUGGGACACAGUUCAAUAAUGCCCGGAGCAAGGCGUUUUGGGACAAAAAUCAGCCAGACAACUGGAGGCACCAGAAUGGGCAGACUGAAGACUGCGUCCAUCUUCGCAGCUCGUGGAAUGACAUGAACUGCAAUAGCCCCUAUUACUGGGUCUGCAAGAAGCCCAUGGGCCAGCAGGUGGCAGGCUAG